AUGUGCUGCACCAGGCCGCCUCAUGUUUCAGUCGCUACGAUAUUUGAAAUAUCGCUGCCUGAGAACAUCAUAAACAAGAGAUUCAGCUGGGUUCCAGUUAAGGUAAGUGUCUUCGAGAAAUACACUCAUUUGCAAAUCAAUCUGGUUUUCAUGAGAGACUCAACUGAAUCUCUCGUUUAUGAUAUUCUACAACUGACUGUGCUGCACACAGGGCGCCUCAUGAUUCAGUUGGCACGAUAUUCGAGAUAUCGCAGCCUAAGCAGGAAUCACAUCGGUGCCUAUUGUUAUUAG